AUGACGGACGAGGCCACCCUCCCAGCCAACGCGGGGACAGCGACGGACAUACGCACAGAGGAAGUUGAGGAUGGUAACAUGGUGUCUGCUAAUGCGAUGCCGGGAGAAGUAGAUGGUGGGAAAGAGUCGGCAGACAAAGAAUCUAGCAAUGUGGAAGCCAAAGCGAUAGUCCAGCUCUCUACGCCAUUCGCGCGCUCAGAUAUCAUCUCAGUCAUCGUGGGCAAGCAGGAGGUGGAAUUUGGCAUCCAUAAAGGCAUUCUGGCCGCAAAGAGUCCGUUCUUCGAGAAGUGCUUUGGUGUCGGUAUGAAGGAAGCGAACGAUAAUGUGGUCAAGCUCCCCGAGGACGAUCCGGAGGCCUUCGAGGCUGUGGUCGAAUGGGUGUACGCAACUCGGAUUCCGGCUGCCAAACCCCCGCCGCCACUCGUCCGUGACUACGUUCUCGCCGACAAACUAGGCAUGACAGAUCUCCAGAAUGCUAUUGCCGACACGAUCAGACUCAAGCGUCCCCUUCCCCGCCCUGUCCACGCAAGCUGGACAUGGCGCAUCACUCCAGAAGGCUGUCCGCUUCGCGAACUGAUCCUGGACCAGCUGCACCAUCGAAUCAUGACAACGCCCAACAAGUUCAAGCUGGGCACGACUGGCACGGAUGCCGAACUUGCUGCGGAUCUGAAAGUGUUGAUCCGGAAAAACCAUGCCCUGACGACUGCCCUACUGUGGAAGACCAUCGAUCACAAUCUCCAGACAGGUAGGGGCCCAUUAGACCCUCGAAAGGCUCCCCCUUGCAGCUACCACAUCCACAAAGACGGGAAGAAGUGUACCUGA